UUUGUGAAAGGAAAUGGCAUCUAAGGGCUGAACAGCCUUGUUACUUGUUAGUGAUACUGUCUGAUAUAAACACGGAGCAACUUCAGAAUACCCGGUCACUUCAUUUACACGUGUCAGUGUGCUUUGAAGAACCAGAGAACCAGCCUAAAUUUAAGAUGGAAGAUGAUCGAACAAGAAGUUGGAGUGGAGGUUCAUCUGCUUCCACAGUAUCAUUUCAAAAUCAAAUGGCAGAGAGAAAUGGGACAAUGGUUAAAGUACAAUUUUUGCUACAACAUCUUCCACAUCUUGUGAAAGAGUUAACCUGGGAACUACAGAAUGAAUUUUCUAAGUCCCUUAAUCCUCAGAAAGAGUCUGGGAAUGAUUGGCGCAUAGUAGCUUCACGGCUUCAGUUCUCAAGCAUUAUUCCUCAUCUGGAACAGAAGUCUAAUCCAACUAUUGAACUGUUAAGAGAAUGCACUGUUACCACUUGUAAAGAGCUGCUGGAGAUUCUUGUGGAUGUCAGGAGAUCUGAUGUUCUGGAUGACAUCAUGAAAUUUAUAAACAAUGGAAGCACAAGCUAUGCAGGGCUUCUGGGUGCCAAGCUUUCCAAAGAAGAGAGCCUUGAUGGUGAUAGCAGUUCUAAAUUGUCAUGGCCCUUGCAAGAUUCGGGAAAUUGCAGUUCCAUGGCUGACAGCAGCAUGUCAAAGUUAAAGUUAGGGCCACAAGAAUCAGAAGAAAAUGGGGAGAAUUUUUUCUCUGACGAAUCCGAGAAGUUCUGGCUAAACAUUGCUGGGGACUAUGAGCGGAAGAGCUGGAAAAAUUUUGUACAAGCUGCCAAGGACUGUUGUCCAACGGAGAUGCAACAGGGAAAUGUGGAGAAGUUUCUCUGUAAAGUGUGCAAUAUUGAUUAUGCCAAUGACAGCCAUGUCAGAUUGGACCAGUUUCUGCAACUGGUGGCUCUGUUUGGACCUUUCAAGCCAGGAGCUGAUGGAUGCCUUCAAAAGGUGUGCAUUUAAUAUCCUAGCAACCCUUUGUAAGUGUGUUUAAUUAGGAAGUUAACUAAAUGUGUUAAUCAUAAUUCACAAAAUUCUUGGUGAACAUCAUCGGCCAACUUAGUUUUGCUUGUAAUGCUGUUAGCAAAAAGUUUUCGCAUUAGGACCCCUCUCGCCAUUUUCAGGCAAAUGUACACCUUAUCUUCAGGCCAGCCACUGGCUCCACUUGGUGGAGGGGAUGGGGAGUAGAGGUAGGGGAGGGGACGGGGUCUGAACUUCUCAACUCCCUUGCCUUUCCAUUAUUUUUUACUCUAGGCGGAAAAAAUGUUUGGCUGUUUACCGUUCAAAUACACUUAGGGUAAUCCCUUUUUUUCUCCUCGUUCAUACAAAUGUUAUAAAUCGUGAAUCAUGGUACCUU